GGCGAGGGUGGAGACCUGGGGGGCCUGUCCUCGUCCCUCUCCUCACCCCACUCUCUGGGAACAAUAGGGGGAACAGGGGAGCGCUGCUCCACCUCCACCAGCCCCCAGGACCACAUCACCUCCCCGCUGCCUCUCUGGGUACGACCGACAGCCACCUUGCUCUGUGGCUGCAACUGAAAUGGCAUCCUAUUCACUAUAUAGAGUAGGGUGCUAUUUCAGACAUGUGUCUCUUUAGUUCUCUCUCUCUCUCUCUCUCUCUCUCUCUCUCUCUCUCUCUCUCUCUCUCUCUCUCUCUCUCUCUCUCUCUCUCUCUCUCUCUCUCUCUCUCUCUCUCUCUCGGUCUCCACAGUUCCACAUCCCUUCUUCACCCCCCUUCCUCCUUCCCACCUCAGCCUCCACCCACCCUCGCUCACUCUACCUCUUUCACUUUCUAUUUGGAUCUUUACUCUCACGCUUCUCUCACUAGUUUCCUCUAUUUUGUCCUAAAGCUGUCACUCUCCCUCUGCUGCACUUGUCAGUGAAGUCCUGUCCCCAAGCACUCUUAUCAUUUCAGUUUUUCUUAUUUUCGGUUGGUCCCUAAGAAGGAGAAUAACGCUGUACACAACCAGAAGGUGGACAUCUUACAGAAGAUGCUGACCAAGGAGCAGCAGGACUUACAGGCAAGACACACACACACAUACAUA